AUGAUGUGCCGACUGCACCUGGCGGCCCCCCAGAGCCCCCUGCUCAGCCGGGCUCUGUGGCCCCCCACCCGCUCGCUCUUUGAGGACCUGGAACGGGAGAUGGAUUCGCUGUGGGAGCUGCUGGGCAACCGCAGCAACUGGCCACUCCGGGGCCACGAGGAAGCGUCCCGGGGGCCGGAAGAGGCCCCGUUUGCGGUGACCCAAGACAUGGCCGGCUUUGACCCCCGGGAGCUGGUGGUCAAGCUGGUGGGCCAGAAGCUGGUGCUGACCGGCAGGAAGGCCACGCAGACCCCCGGAGGACCUUUCCGCUACGAGCUCUUCCGCCGCGAGUGGGACGUCCCGGGCAGCGUGGACCGCCAGCAGCUCAGCUGCUCCAUCUCCCGAGAGGGUCAGCUGCGCAUCGAGGCCGCCGGGCCGCCCGCCAGGACGGUGCCCAUCGAGGUCGGCCGAGCGCCGGGCAGCGGCCAGGAAGCCACCUCCGCCACGGAAGGCCGCCGGACCAAAGGCUGA